AUGUUUUUGUCAAUUUACUUUAUCGUUUCAUUAUAUAUAUGCGCUCCUAAUUACUCACCUGGUUGCCAUGUCAAUUCAAAUGAAGUUCAAUUGAGUUGUCAGCAACUAAUAUCCCGGGAGGGGUUCCUACCCCACCACUUUUCUUUCACACGUGGAGCAACGGUUCAACUCAACAGAUUCACAUCACAACAUCCGCUCAACACACUUGAACAAUUUUGUGUCGCACUAGGAAACAUAGACUCUGUGACCUUUUUUAAAUUCUCGAAACGUAAAAGAUCAUUCCAAAGUAGACGCUGUAAUGAGUCUUAUUGCGUGCGUGAUACUCAGGUAUACUUUUUCUCUAACCAUGUUCGUGUUGUAUUGUUACCUAGAGUAUAUUCUUUUAAAGUUUGGGUGCUGGUUGUUUUGUUUGUUCUACAUGAAAUAUUAUUUAACUGUUUACGAUUGUUUACAUUACAUUUUGUGUAA